AUGGAUACCGAAAAUGAACUAUCAAACCACUUAAAGGAUCUCGAACUGGAAACCAAUGGUAACGUACCCAAAGAGAGACCCUCUGAACCCGUUAACUCCGUCGACGUUCUCAUAAUUGGUGCCGGAAUGGCUGGGCUUGCGGCUGCACAACGACUGAAAGAAUUGCAUAUCAACGACUUCCACAUCCUAGAGGGCAGACAUCGAAUUGGUGGCCGUAUUGCCACAACCACCUUUCAGGAUGUUGAGGUAUGCGAGGGACCCGUAUACAUCCACGGACACGCCAACAACAUAGUGGCCAAACUCGCAAAGCAGUUGGGUAUCGCGGUCCAUCCACCAAACCCCUCGGACACAUGGUCUCGUCCCUUCACUGCUCGCACAUCAUCCAGUGGUGAAAAUAUAGCUGAUCAAGUUACCGGCAGUAUUGAGAAGCACAGAGCUGCCAUGCAGAAACUUGUUGAGACUCCGAUUCCUCCAACUGACGCUUCAGCGGCUACUGUGAUGGCUGCAUGUGGCUGGGAUCCGAUCUCACCCGUGGACUGUGUCUACGACUUCGCAGUUAAUGAUCUGUUCAACGGUUUGCCGGCCCGCGAAGCCUCAACCUACGCUGAACAGGCCUGUUCCAUUUUUGAAGAAGAUUGCAGCGAGUACUUUUUUGCAGAAGGUGAUGGAUACUUACGAAUAGUACGGCACCUUGGAUCGACUGCCGGUCUGGAAGAUACGCCCUCUAAAUUCAGUUUGUCCACGAUAGUCGACAAGAUAGUUUGGGAAAACACAAACCCCGACCAC